CGAAAAGGGGUGUGUAUGUUUCUUUUAUUUUUUCUUUUUCCAAAAAACAAGUGUCUACUCUUCCACGGAGAUAAUGAAAACGUGCAGUCCACGACAAUCGGACCGCUUGGACGCGAUGCCACUCUUUCACUUUUGGUACAGGAAGUUUUGGAUUUAAAAGCCAAAGUGAAAGUUCAGGAGCAGGAAAUCCAAACUCUGAAAAAUAAACAAAAAGUUGACAGCAAUGUUACAUAUAGCACUGUGAAUCAGCUGAUGUCAAAGUUCCUUGAUUUGACGUCUUCAUUUGGUGUCAUCAAGCAAGACUUUGAGCAGCUGAACAAUCUAACAGGAUUACAAGUUAUUACGCAAAGAUUGUCACACAUGGAACACUCUAUUCGUUACCUCACACUUUCUUUGAACGGCAAUGAAAUGAAGGAUGAAAUUAUAAACAAUACCAUUUUUCUGGAACUCAGUUCUUUAAACAGAAAACAAAACAACAUUCAAAUUGAACAGGACAUCUUAAACACUACUCUAGUCCAAGAGCAAACAGCCUUACAAGCGACAGUACAUAAGGUUGCAGUAGCUAUUGACGGAGUCAAUCAGACGUUGUUAUCAACUCUUCAAAAGAUCACAAACUCUCUGGAUUCAAAGAGACUACAACUUCAAUCAGACUUCCAAAAUCUUAACAAAACCCUCUAUGAUUUUAUGAAACCAAACGGAAUAAGACUAGGUGGCAUUCUUACAAAUUCCGGUAGGGUGGAAAUAAAACUUUUUGGAAGUUGGGGGACAGUUUGUGAUGAUCAUUUCGAUAAUAAUGAUGCCAAAGUUGUAUGCCGUAUGCUUGGAAAGAGUUGGAGAAAUGCAGUAGCAUAUGGAAAUCAUCACUUUGGACAAGGAACAGGACCAAUUGUAUAUGACGAUUUAGGAUGUACUGGAGAUGAAUCGGAUCUCUUUUAUUGUUCACAUACUGUAAUUGGACAUCACAACUGUGACCAUUCUGAAGAUGCCGGUGUGACAUGUGGUUAG